GGUUAAAUGUGGCCAUGGGUUUGACUUUCGGGACAUAGAAAGUGAAUUACAGUGAAGUGACACUCGCGAGUUAAGUGAGAAAGUUGAUUGUGAAGGAUAAAACAAGAGAAGAACAGUAGAUAAUUAAAAACUAACGAAUAUAAGCCCGUGAAUGUUGGUGGCUUUUGUGGAGUUUGCUGUAACAGUGUAAGUUCACAGCUUAGAAUGUAACUUUUCCUGAAAGCAAUGCAGAUCACUUUAGGCUUAAAUGCAUCUAUUUUAUAUUAUAAAGGAAAGAGCCUUUGAAAUUUCAAACCUUUCUGGUAAUAACCGACGCAAACAAAAGGAUAUACUGAGUAAUAAAACAGCAGGAAGAGUUGGAGGCACUAAUCUCUCGACUCGCUCUCUCCUAAACACCCUACCGCUUUUAUAUGACUGAUAAUUUAUUCUCGAGGAUUACAUCCAUAACAGUCAGGGACUGCUCGUCCUAAAGAAAUGCAGCAGCUGUAUAACUUUGGAAUAACAAACUAGAAGAGGUUACGUUCAUUGAAAGUUAUUUCAGUGAUAUGAAGUUCUGUAUCUGAAUCUUCCGCGUGGUGACGACUGUGAGCAGUAAAUUGGGGUUAAAAUAAGAUCAGCUAUGGACCGCAGAUCUGCAGCCAGCACACACACUUCUAGGGAAAGGAGAGACAACAGAAGAGACGCCAGAGACAAUGACCAACGUAAUAUGGUCAGUUCCAGAGAUGCUAGACGCAGGGAAGAAACAAGGAACCUUCUCCAAGAGGGAUCAAGAGGCAGGAGUAGAUCUCCCAUGAGAAGAGAAAGGAGGGAAGUCAAUAGACGCGCUUCUCCCAACCGUAGAGUUAGCUGGCAGGAUUCUUUUGAUGGAGAGACAAGGACUACAAGAAGUGCUGACCAAUCUCCUGGUGGUCACAGAAGGGGAAGAGGGCAGCAAUCACACAGGGAACAGUCUCCUCGCAGGGGAAGACAGCCGUCGCCUAACAGGAACAGAAGACAAUCACCUCAGGGAGUUAGAAGCCAGCCAGUGAGGGUACAUCCCACAAGCCCAAACAAGCCUCUCAAAGUACCCGACACUCAAUCUCCACAUAGGUCUAAAAGUGAGAUUGCCGUGCAACAGCAGUCUGUGAGUUAUCAUAAAAGCAGGCGCCAGAGCAGGAGCAGAAGUAGAAGCAGAAGCAGGAGCAGCAGUAGAGGCAGAAGCAGAAGUAGGAGCAGAUCUCCACACAAGGGACCGAGCAGAUUUCAAAAGCGUAACAAAAAGUCCCCUGCUAAAAGGCGUUUGAGGACGACUGACGCUCGUGUUUUAGACGCUGAGACAGCCACGGCUCGUCUGUCAGUCACCAGCAUCGUCUUACACGUUCUAGCGAUUGGGACAUCCCUCAUGGUCAUUAUUCCCAUGUCCCUCGUAAGUACGAGGUGGCAGAUUGUUCGGGGGGCGUGUCCAUUCUACGUCCACAAUAACAUAGGCGUUACUGUAGACUGGGGGAAUCCUAAUAUGCUCGUGUGCUACAUAAUAGCAUAUUUACCCCUGGUGAUACUAAUACUAUCAUUUUCCUUAUUAUUAUUUCAUUACGGAAUCAUGCACACUUGGUACAUAAACAAAAGCCCUCCGGCAUUCGCCCUGACACGAAAGCACGCUGUAGGGACGAUGCUUCUGGUUUUCGUAGAAGCAGUUGUGGCUUGGUGCAUCGCCUGUUUGAUUACGGACGGGUUUAGACAAACCUGCCUCUCCUUUGAAUUGACACCUUAUCCUGAAGAUAGGCCUAUCUCUUGCAAGUACGGAUUCGACGACAGGGACGAGACUUACAUGUUCCAAGACCUGAAUACCUUUGUGAAGGUCAUGAUUGCUAUGCUUGGGGCUUGGGUGUGUGUGAUCGUCACAACUAUUCUCACAGUGUCUUCAGUUAUAAGAACGUGUUGUUGUUAUUCGACAUAAGUCUUGUAUUUUGUGUUGGUUUGUCUGUAUUUUCUGAAUAUCCCCAACUGCUAAAAAUGAUCAAGGAAUACUGAAUGCGCGGACAAGUUUAACAAGAGUUUUUCCUUGAAUCCAUAUUCCUGAGACAAUCCACGAUAUGAGACAAUUUUCUUGAAGCUCUUGAAACCAUAACUCAAAUUCACCUCCAAAAAACUUUAGUAACUUUAAGUGAAGUGAAUUUCUUGAGCAAUUUUAUCCAACAACAACACCAAGAAGUAAAAAAUGCCCUAAAGUUUCUUCGACGCAAUCGUGAUUUCUGUACAGUGUAUAAUUCUGUGUGAAACUCCCGAUGUGCCGCAGAAUGAAACUCUCGGCCACUACCUGACAGAGCUCCCUACAUGCGGUCAAGUGAAGAUGCAUCGGCGGUUGGCACAGGUGCCAGACGCACGAUCCAUGGCUAACCUUAAAUAAAAUAAAAACUUUUGAGGCAAGACGGCUGCACUUUGGUAUGUUUGAUGAUUGAAGAGUGGGUGAUCAACAUAUCCAUUUGCAGUCCUCUAGACUCAGAAGAUUUUAUGAUCUGAGGGUGGACAGAAAAAGUGUGGACGGACACACAAAUAGCCAUCUCAAUAGUUUUCUUUUUUAGAAAACUAAAACGCAUUUUCCCUAAUGUUUUCAGUAUGAGACUUCCCCCUGAGGUACAAACAUUUAUUUUCAGUGAUUACAACUUUCGAUGAUCUUGAAGUGACGUGUUUUGUUUUCCUUUGUUGCGUAAUUAAUAUGCAAUGAUAUUCACCGUGUAAUCUGAAUAAGAAUGAAGGACAUAUCUAGUUGAUAUUUUAUAUUUUACCCCAUCUUUUACUGUGUGCCUCCAUGCAAUGACAGGAAAAUAUAGUCUAAAAAGA